AUGGAGCCGGUGACCACCGCCGUGCACCCGCUUGGCGGCCCCGAGGCGUCCAAUCGGAGCUGGUACUCACCGUCGAAGCGGCGUGCCGGCUUAGGCGCGAUGCGUCGCAACGAGCUGAUGAGCCGAACUGUGAACUUUACCGGAUUCGACAUGUGCAUGUCUAGUGAUGUCUCAUUUGGGGCCAGUAGGACGAGCACCGUGUCCGAGAAGGACACCUCCACGAGCAGCGGCAGUAAGGGGUCCCCAGAAUACAGCGACAGCCUCAGUGAUACCUAUGAGGGGCCCGCGCGCGCCUCUUUCGUGGGCCAGCUGCUCGCUGUAGUAGAACGCUCGGCACGAGAGCUCUGGCGGCGCAAGUUUGACGUGUUGUUGGACAUCGCUGUGCCACUCAUCUUCAUGGCCGUGUCCAUUGCGUUGUGGGCUAUCUGGGGAACGCAGUACAACGAGGAGAUGACGUACGUAUCCACGAAUCUGGAGUCUGGCAACAUCGGUGCGGCCGGUCUUCGUGCACCGGCUACCUACGACUUCACGUGCAUGAGGCAGCCCGAAGGGACGCCAACGCUGGCUGAAUUCACACGAUGCAUGCCAAGGGACUACACCACCUGCGAUUCUGUCACGGGGGAGUGCGAGACACAGCGCAUCAUCACCUUUAUCUGCGAUGGCGACUCGAGCAUGCUUCCGCUGCCGGCGGAGUACGAGAUAUGCCGUGUGUCUUACGACUGGGAAGAACUUAUCACUGCCGGCUUAAGCUACUACUGGCGAUGGCUGGCAGCUGUUCCUACCCUUGACAUGCUGAUCGGUCUCCAGUGGACGGCUCUGUCUGCGUACCGCCAUCUUCUGCCCUUCAUCGCGAAAACCAUGGUGGGCUUCGCGGCCAACACACGCUACAGUGCGAUUCUGUGUAGCGGCCAUCUGUACUUCGUAGGUGAGCGCGGCGUGACCUCGGAGCUGAUUGCGUACAUGGACAGGACCUCUGGGCUGUUUCGAUAUGUGACGGACUUUAAGGUAUACAGCAGCGUCGCGGAGGUUCGCAGCGCUGUGAAGCGCGGUGGCCGUGUAUGGGCGAUCGUGGAGCUGCGGCAGAUCGGCGAGGCAGGACUGGACCUUGUGCUGCACAUGAACAACUCCGCCCUGCCGUCGUUUGCCACCACGUACGACGACGCGUACAGCGGUGGGGUGCUGUUUGACACGGCGGAGCUGUACAUGUUAUCCGGCUUCAACACGCUGCAGCAGCUCGUGUCGGAGUUCUACCUCAACACAUUUCACGACGCGCAGAUGAAUAUGACGCAGAUGAUGGCGGCCACGGCCACUCCAGAGUACAACCGCGUACCGCUAAUGGCGCAGGCACGACAGGUUCUACCGCUCAUCUUCUCCCUUGCCUUUCUGUACAGCGUGUCGCAGCAGACCAAGCGCAUUGUGCUGGAGAAGGAGCUGCGCAUCCGCGAGGCGAUGCUCAUUAUGGGGCUGAAGCAGUGGACGCUCUACGUGAGCGAGUUCAUUGUGCAGCUGGCGAUCUUUGUGCCGACGUGCGUGCUGUGCGUGGUGAUGCUGAAGCUGACGUACGUGACGAAGAGCGACCCGCUGAUAUUGCUCCUGAUCUUCUGCCUUUUCGCCCUCACGACGAUCCCGCUGUCCGGCAUGAUCGCUGCCUUCUUCAGCAAGUCGCGCCUGGCUUCGCUUGUGGCGCCGGUGGUGUACUUUAUCCUUGUGAUCCCGAUGUUCGCCAUGACCAACGCGCAGGGCUUGAUCGUGACGUGGUUCUCUGUGUUCUCGCCGACAGGGUUUGCUGCGGCGCUGAACUUGUUCCUGCUGCACGAGUCUGGGAGCGGGUGCGGCGAGGCGGAGAUGACAUCGGGUCGCGACAACCCGACGCUGGCGGUUGUACUUGUGAUGCUGGUGGCGGACUUGUGCAUGUACUACGCGCUAAUGCUGUACCUGGACGCGGUCAUGCCGAAGCAGUGGGGUACGCGCAAGCACCCGCUCUUCUUCAUCAUCGAGCCGGUGCGGUGGUGCUGCGGGUCGAGGGCGCGCGCGCUGGAUGGCGGUGCCGACGGGCGCGCCGAGGAUGGUGUGUUCGAGGAGAUUGCAGAAGGCGGCGCCGACUACGCGGUUUGCAUCAACGGGCUGCGCAAGGAGUACUCGCGCGGCGGAAAGACGUUCGUUGCGGUGAACAACCUGUACUGGGGGAUGCGCGAGGGCGAGAUCUCUGUGCUGCUGGGGCACAACGGCGCCGGCAAGACGACGGUGCUGAACAUGAUGACGGGGAUGGUGGAGCCGGACGCGGGCGACUGCUACGUCUACGGCUACUCUGUCCGAAACGAGCUAGAGAGGGUGCGGCAGCAGAUCGGGUACUGCCCGCAGCACAACAUCCUGUGGGGCGAGCUGACGUGCCGCGACCACCUCGAGUUCUUUGGGCAGAUCAAGGGGCUGCGCGGGUGGGAGCUGGAGAAUGCGGUUUGCCGGAUGUUGCACGAGACGGACCUGCUGGAGAAGAUGGACCAGCCCGCGAAGAGCCUGUCGGGUGGGCAGAAGCGGAAGCUGUCGAUCGCCGUUGCGUUUGUUGGCGGCAGCCGGGUGGUGCUCCUCGACGAGCCGACUGCCGGGCUGGAUGUGGGUGCGCGGCGGCAGACGUGGGAGCUGCUGAGGCGCAUGUCGCGCUCGCGCACGCUGCUGCUAACGACGCACUACAUGGACGAGGCAGACCUACUGGGACAGCGAAUCGGGAUCAUGAGUGGAGGGCGGCUGAAGUGCAGCGGCAGCAGCCUGUUCCUAAAGUCGCGGCUCGGUGUCGGCUACAGCAUUGUCAUCUCUGUCGACCCCGAACUAGAUCUCGAUGCUGUGGAUGACGUGGUGCUUGGAACGGUGGAUGGCGCGGAGCUGCUCGGGCGGAACGGGUGUGAAGUAUCGUACCAGCUGCCUCUGCAGAGCGCGAGCCAGUUCCCAGCGCUGCUUAACGAGAUCGACUCGGUAGAGGCGGACGGCAUCCGCGGCUACUCGCUGGCUGCGACGACGCUGGAGGAGGUGUUCCUGAAGGUGUCGGAGGAGGACACCGCGGGUCGUAGCGAGGCUGCAGCGCAGGAAGGCGUGGAGCUAAUCUGGAACUCUGAGGUGGCGCCGUCGGCGCUGUGGCUGCAGUUCCGUGCGAUGAUGGUGAAGCGCUUGUGGAGCGCGCUGCGGGACCGUAAGAUGCAGUGCUUCCAGAUUGUAUGCCCGGUUGUGUGCAUCCUGAUCGCCAUGUUGCUGAACCUCGUGCAGUACCGAGACCCUCAGUCGCUGACAUACAACUACUCGAUGUUUGCGAACCGGCCGACUUCAGUGCUGGACACAUCAUUCUGCGACGUGAUGUGGGGUGGCGCACCGAAGGGCGCGGUGGACUACGAGGUGAACGAGACUCACUUGACGGGUGUGCAGGCGUUGUCGGACUACCUGCUGGAUACGUGGUACGUGCACGACAUGCCGCGCUACGGCGCCGUGUCGUGCAUCGAUCGGAACGUGACGGCGCUGUUGAGAUUUGCGGGUGAGUGGCGCGGCACGAACGUGAACGUGUUCCUGUACAACUCAUCCUCGCACCACCAGGCCGGGCUGAACCUGGCGACGUACUACGACCUGUUCAUCAAGUCCUUCCUCGGCAUCGACGGUGCGUUCAUGCGGUACGAGGUGGAGCUGUUCAGCGAGCCUGCCAGCCGGUCGCAGCUUGGCUUCAUCUUCAUUGGCGCGCUGGUGAUGAUCCCGCUUACGUUCCUGCCGGCGAAUCCUGUUGCGUGGGUGGUGAAGGAGCGGCAGUGCGGGUCGCGGCACCUGCAGGACCUGUGCGGGCUGAGCUUCUUCGUGUAUUGGGCGGCAAACUAUACAUUCGACAUGCUGGCCUACUUUGGCACGACGCUGCUGUGCAUCCUCAUCUUCUGCAUCUUCAGCCGGCAGGAUUUCGUCGGGCCUGACCGCAUUGGCGGCACUUUCAUGCUGCUGAUGGUCUACGGGCUCACGAGCACCGCUUGCGCGUACGCGCUGAGCUUUCUGUUCAAGGAGCACUCGUCUGCACAGACGAUCGUGAUGGGUGUUGGCUUUGUUGCCGGGUUCCUGCUGUUGAUGCUGGUGUACGUGCUGACGCUAGAUCCUAGCAACGUGGACACAUCAGACAAGAUGCGGUGGGGCUUCCGUUUGAUUCCGUCGUACUGCAUCGGCGAGGGGCUCAUCGGUCUGCUGAUGCUGGACAGCAAGCUGGCCAUAGGCACUGCGACUAGUGUUUGGGAUAUGGACCAGCUUGGGUGGCCGCUUGUGUACAUGGCAGUGGAGCUCCCUGCUUUCUGGCUGAUCGUUUUGCUCGUCGACCACCCGACGGUGAGGCGGUGCGUGCAGCGGCUGCGGUACAACCGCGACGCGGAGCCGAUCAUCCCGAGCGACGAGGACUCUGACGUGGAGGACGAGCGCGAGGCCGUGUACGAGGCGGUGCGGAUGGGCGACACGACGAGCGACGUUGUGCGCGUGGUGAACCUGCAGAAGAGAUACGGGAACGGUAACAUUGCUGUGAAGGGUAUCACGUUCUCGAUCUUUCCCGGGGAGGUGUUCGGGCUCCUGGGGACGAAUGGCGCGGGCAAGACGACGAGCAUCUCGAUGCUGUGCCAGCAGUUCCUGCCGACAGGCGGCAGCGCGUACGUGUGCGGCUACGACAUCGUUGAGCAGAGCAAGGAGGCGCUGCAGUGCAUCGGGUACUGCCCGCAAUUCGACGCGACGCUAGACCUGCUGACGGUGGAAGAGCAGCUGGAACUAUACGCCGGCAUCCGUGGGAUCGUGCGCGCGGAUUGGCCUGCGCUCGUGGACGCGCUGUGCACGCUGUGCGAGCUGACGAACUACAAGCAUACCCUGGCGCACGCGCUUUCCGGUGGGAACCGGCGCAAGCUCUCUGUGGCGAUGGCGCUGGUGGGCGGUCCGCAGGUGAUCUUCCUGGACGAGCCGUCUGCCGGCAUGGACCCUGUGGCGCGGCGCGGGAUGUGGACUGCGAUCCAGCGCGCCGCGGGGCACUGCUCCGUUGUGCUGACGACGCACCACCUGGAGGAGGUGGAGGCGCUUGCGGACAUUGUAGCGAUCAUGGUGCGCGGGUACGUGCGCUGCGUCGGCGACAAGGUGCACCUGAAGAACAAGUUCGGCAGCGUCUUCGAGGCGAGCGUGCGCCUUGCGUCGGCGAAGCACGCGGAGUGCUUUGUGUCGUUCAUGCAGGCGGAGUUCCCUGACGCUGUGCGGAGCGAGGGCGAUGGUCGGCGGUUCGUGUACCAGCUGCCGCGCGAUCGCGGCUUCGGCGACGUGUUCCAGGCGUUCCAGGCAAACAAGGAGCAGCUGCGCAUUACGGACUACAGUGUGUCGCAGACGUCGAUCGAGCAGAUCUUCAUGAAGGUUCGGGGACUUGCGAUGAAUCUACGCUAG